ACUCUCUUUAUAAACAGUAUCAACACAUUAAAAUUAAAGCACAAAAAUUCAUCAAUCAUUCCGAGAUGAAAAGGCAGCAGCUGCAUCAAUUUGCAGCGGUUUUGAGCUCGCUCGCAUGGCUUCUAGCUCAAUGCGGCAGCGGAGAGGUGCUGCCGUUUAAAGCGGCGAAUUUGGGGGGGUGGCUCGUGACCGAAGGCUGGAUGACGUCGUCGCUCUUCGACGGCAUUCCCAAUAAGGAUCUGCUGGAUGGAACUCAAGUGCAUUUUAAGUCUGUCAGCCUCAACAAGUAUCUAUGCGCAGAAAAAGGGGGCGGUUCAACACUGGUAGCCAACCGUCGUAAUCCCAGAAGCUGGGAAACUUUCAGGUUAUGGCGAAUUAAUGAAACCACCUUCAAUUUUAGAGUUUCCAACAAAGAUUUUGUUGGGCUUGUGGACGAAGGUGAAGGGAUUAAAGUAUUUGCGCGUGCAGCUGAACCGGGGCCAAAUGAAACCUUCGCAAUUGUACAAAAUGCGGAUAAUCCGAGCAGAGUUCGUAUAGUUGCAUCAAAUAAUCUUUAUCUUCAGGCAAUAAUGGAGAACUAUGUGGUGGCCGAUUACUUAGGUAGUCCUGACGACGAAUGGGGGGAUGGAGAUCCCUCUGUUUUCGAAAUGCAUAUUAUCAAGACGUUAAAAGGGGAAUACCAAUUAACCAACGGUUAUGGUCCAGACGAAGCCCCUAAAAUAAUGAAGAAUCAUUGGAGCACCUACAUUGUCGAAGAUGAUUUCAGGUUCAUGUCACAGCAUGGUCUCAAUGCUGUUAGAAUUCCAGUUGGCUGGUGGAUCAAAUACGACCCCUCUCCACCGAAACCGUUUGUUGGGGGUUCUUUGCAAGCUUUAGAUAAUGCUUUCGCAUGGGCUCGUAACCACAAUAUGAAGGUCAUACUGGAUCUUCACGCAGUUCCAGGAUCACAGAAUGGCAAUCACCACAGUGGAUCACGAGAUGGAUUUAUCGAGUGGGAUGAUUCCCGAAUUCUGGAAACUGUUUCAGUCAUUGAAUUCUUAGCCCAAAGGUACUGCGAUCACCCGAGCCUUGCAGCAAUCGAGUUAAUGAAUGAGCCAUCAGCUCCCGGCGUCCAUCUGCAUACCUUAAUGCAGUACUAUCAGGCAGGAUACGACGCGGUCAGAACAUACACAGCUACUACCUACGUGAUCCUCUCGAAUCGCUUGGGGUUAGCCAACAGCACCGAGCUCCUCCCCUUCGCCACAGGCCUUAGCAACUCGGUCAUAGACGUGCAUUACUACAACCGCUAUUCAGACUACUUCCAGAGCAUGAACGGUAGGCAGAACGCAGAUUACAUCUACAAGAAAAGGUCGAAGCAGUUGAAAGAAGUAACUCGCGAGGGCGGCCCUCUAAUCUUUGUUGGAGAAUGGACUGCUGAUUUGUAUUUGAACGAUACGAAAAAGGACGAUUAUCGGAGAUUUGCAAAGGCUCAGUUAGAAGUGUAUGGGAAAGCUACAUUUGGUUGGGCUUAUUGGUCGUAUAAGUGUGAGGAGAAGUAUUGGAGUUUCAAAUGGAUGGUAGAAAACAACUAUAUGCAGCUCUCAUAACAAAGGCAAAUUUUUGUGUUUGUUGUAUACAUAUAACAUAAUGUAAUGAAUAGAACAGACCAUAUAAAUUGUUUUAUGAAAUUUAUGGAAGUGUA